AGGAGGAGGAAGAUGAGGAAGACGACCAAGAUUCUGAUUCCGAUGCGCACGAGGAUUCUGGCAAAUCUGACUGGCCUACAGAAACAAAUUCCAAAUCGGUGGGGAGCGACAACGACCAGGAGGACGACGACGAAGACGACUUCCAAACGGUUUACAUAUCCGAAGACGGCACCACCAUCAUCGGCGACAAAUUAUCGGUGGUGACCUGCAGCGUGUGCGGCGAAUGUUUUGCUGCCAAGCCUGAGAGUUCAAAGCGUUCCAAGCUGAUUAAAUGCAUCAAAUGUUCCAUUCUUGCCACCGGUCCUCUGAAACCAAAGAAGUGGACGAAGGAGGCCCUGCGGGAAGGCUUUUUGUACCUGCCUAAAAAUUCCAGCCGCGACGCAACACAAGCGUUUACCAUCAACAGCAAAGUCGUCAUCAAGAAGAUCGUUUCUGGGGAUCGGUCGGCUGAGAAGCCCCCCCGGGUUUCUCCAGGGGAUAAAGUGUUGAUGUGCGACGAGUGCGGCCGAUACUUUGCCCAGCAGGCCGCCUUGGAUAUCCAUCGUAGAAUUCAUACCGGGGAGAAACCUUUUGUUUGUUUGAAGUGCGGUAAGGGCUUUCGCAGCAAAGGGAACCUCGUGUCUCACCAAACUGUCCACACGGACGAUAAGCAGUUCCAGUGUUCCAUUUGCGACAAGUAUUUUAAGCGGAGCCUCGGCCUCAUUGAGCACAUGCGGCUUCACACCGGCGAGAAACCUUUCACUUGCUCCGACUGCGGAAAAUGUUUCUCCCAACGCUCGGCCUUCAGCACCCACCAAAAGAUCCACGCAGAUGGCAAAGUGUUCACGUGCUUCGACUGCGGCCGGUGCUUCAAAACGAAAGCGGACCUUCGGACACACGAGCUGGUCCACCUGGGCGACAAGCCGUUUCAGUGUACGGAGUGCGGGGAGGGGUUCACCAGGCGGGCCAACCUACUUAGGCAUCAGCGCACACAUUCGGGGGUGAAGCCCUUCUCGUGUCCGGAUUGCGGCAAGACUUUUACGCGAAAGCUGGGCCUUCUGAAGCACGAAAGGCUCCAUAUCCGAGAGAAACCCUAUCGGUGUCCCGAGUGUGGCAAACGUUUUGCCCAAAAAUCUUUCCUUCGCAGACAUCAAACGAGGCACGGCGGCGACAAGCCGUUUUCAUGUUCAGAGUGUGGAAAGUGUUUCACGCAGCGCUCGGACCUCGUCAGGCACCAGAGGACUCAUUCCGGGGAGAAGCCGUACUCGUGUACCAUUUGCGGGAAAAGGUUUUCCCAGAAAUCUUUCGUCCUCCGGCACGGGAAAGUCCACACUGGCGAGAAGCCGCACUCUUGCCUGGAAUGCGGGAAGUGCUUUACCGAAAGGUCAUCCCUGGUCACCCACGAGAGAAGCCACACGUCCGAAAAGCCUUUUCCCUGCUCCGAGUGCGGAGAACGCUUCUCCCGGAAGGACACCCUCAUUUCGCAUCAGAGCUCCCACACGGGGGAGAAACCCUACGCGUGCUUGGUGUGCGGAAAGUGCUUCUCUUGGAAGUACCAGUUGAUUCGGCACCAGAGAAUUCACACGGGGGAGAAGCCUUUUGCGUGCUCCAUGUGUGGGAAGUGCUUUGCCGACCGGUCGAAUCUCACCAACCACGAGAGGACUCACACGGCUGAGAAGCCUUAUUCAUGCUUAGAAUGUGGCAAGUGUUUUACCCAGAUCGGCCACCUGAUCACGCACCGGAAGACUCACUCCGGGGUGAAGCCCUUUUCCUGUUCCGUGUGCGGCGAAUGCUUUUCCCGCAAGUCCUCCCUUCUCAGGCACGAAAGAGUGCACACGGGGGAGAAGCCGUAUUCCUGUUCAGAGUGCGGGAAGUGUUUUACCGAUCGCUCCUACCUCACCAUACAUCACCGGAUUCACACCGGCGAUCGCCCCCACUCCUGUCACUACUGCGGGAAGGCGUUUACCGACAAAUCGGAUCUGGUCAAGCAUACGAAACGCGUUCACACCAAAAAGCUGUAUUCGUGUUCCGAAUGCGGCAAAUGUUUCCUCCGCAGAUCUCGUCUUCUGAGGCAUCAAACCAUUCACACGGGAGAGAAGCCGUUCUCGUGCUCCCAGUGCGGGAAAUGUUUCACCCAGAAAGGAGGCCUCGCCCGCCACGAAAUCACACACGUAGAGAAGAAGCCGUAUGCAUGCAGCGAGUGCGGGAAGCGCUACAGUCAGAAGACCUAUCUGGCCGUCCAUCAACGGAGUCACGCGCCCGAGAAGCCGUUUUCCUGCUCGAAGUGCAGCGAGCGCUUCGCCGACAAAGAAACUCUUCUGGCCCAUCAAAAUACUCACAAGGGCCAAAAGCCGUUUUCCUGUUCCGAGUGCGGGAAAUGGUUCUCUUACAAAUCGCUUCUCGUUAGGCACGAGCGAAUCCACACGGGCGAGCGGCCUUACUCGUGUUCCGUGUGCGGGAAAGGAUUCAUCGAUAAGCAGGGACUGGUGACUCAUCAAAGUACUCACUCCUCUGACAGGCCAUACUCGUGCCCCCAGUGCGGGAAGAGCUUCACCAAUAAGUCAAACUUGGCCGGACACCGAAGAAUCCACACAGGGUAUCAGCCCUAUUCCUGCUCCGAAUGUGGGAAACGGUUUUCAAAGAAAUACACGCUCAUCAAACAUCAGAAGCUUCACAAGUGACCUGGGGUGCGUGGGUGGGGUUGUUGAUUUUAAAAUGGAGGAAAGGAGGCCCUUCAGAAGUCAUUCCACCUCCUUCAGGUCAUCAUAACCACUCA